UCUCUUGUACGCAAUAUUCCAGGAAUUGCCAUUCAUAUAUCACUUACUCAGUUAAUAUAUUCAUAUCUUACAAAAAACAAUCAGACUUCUAUGGUGAAGUCCGGGAUUGCUGGAUUUAGUGCACGAUGUAUUACUGUUUCUGUAUUAAUGCCUGUCACUGUUUUAAAAACUAGAAUAGAAAGUGGUCAAUUUAGUUAUACGACUUUAAUCCGUGGCCUAUCUGAGAUGUAUAGGUUGGAAGGUUGGAAGGUAUUGUGUCGCGGAUGGACUCCAACAAUUUUACGAGAUGCUCCAUUUUCUGCAUUAUAUUUUAUGUUUUUUAUCAAA